AUGUCUGAGCAGCAAGAUUCAUCCGAAAACACGAUGGGUGAUGCCCACACACCCCCCAGUGCUCCUGCCAUCAAUCCCGCCGUGAAUCCCGCCAUGAGACCUGCCAUCAAUCGCACCAUGAAUCCCGCCAUGAGACCCGCCACAGAUUCCGCGACAGAUCCCGCCAGAGAUCCCAAUAGCUCUACUUCGCCUGCGUCCCAUCAUUACGCCUCUCUUGCAUCCGAUGAGUACGCUUCUCUUGCAUCCAGUGGCCCAGUUUCACCUUCAUCCGUUCUCCGUGCACGCUUGCAUAACCAAUCCCCAAUGAGGCUGGGAUCUCAACCCCUGCAGCCUCCCGACUCACCAACGCCCAAGGCUGCUGACAGAAAGCGGGUUUUUGCAGAAUCACAGCGGAACCGGUAUGCAGUUCGGCGGGCUGCCCUCACCCAGCCCCAGCUCAGGCAACAAGAGCCAUCUGUGAACAAUGAAAACCACCGUGAUCAGGAGGCCACAGGGACGUUGGAGCGCUUUAUGGAGAUUCGUGAAAGGUGCGAGAAGGUCGCUCCCUCCAAGGAGAACAAGGGCACGGUCUUUCCCAACUCUAAGACCAUGGUGGAAGAAUUCUUGAAGCGUUCCCGGGAGCCGCGGGAUCCCCCCAGCGACAGCGAUGCUGACAUGGGAGGGUUCAUCUAA